AUGCAUUCCAGCCCAGACUCAGACUCAGAGCUUCCCUACAUCGAGCCCCCUUCCAACGAAGCUCUCAAACCAAUACGCAAACCACCUCCCUACACAGGAACGCCCCUCGUUCUCUUCCUCUCCGACAUAAAAACUCCUUUUCCAGAACUUCUUCUAUCUUUCAUGCAUAGAAGAGUUCGGGUGAGAAAGGAUGGCACUGUGAAAGUGACCACCAAGGCAGAACUACCCCCGGGUUUUAUCGUUACCGAAGAUGAAGGAUCCAAGAAUAGGAUUAUGAAGCCAGAUGAAGUUCCCAGGAUGGGAGAUCUGAGUAGACUGUGGAAAUAUCGGAAUGGGCAGUUGCCAGACUCUUUCAAGAGUGUCUUGACCGAUGGUCUGUAG